CCAACGGUUUAAUUUGUUGUUAUUCCCUAACUGGUUUGUCUAGUUUUGCCCUCAAUUUAGUUUUUUCUUUUUUCAGCGUCGUGUUUUCCGAUUUUUAGAGGACCGAAUAUUUAAAAAUGUCGGAAAGUGCACCAACUACGGAGACUGAGUGUUCAGUGAGUUUGGCUGAUGAGACUGCCUCAUUUCCCCUACAAAAAACCCAGGACCGGCUUAAGACACUGUACAGACCUUAUUAACACUGGCGAGAUAAAAAUCAAUCUAAUCGAUAUGAAGAUCUACUUCUACGGUUUAUGUAUAUAAAGAGUUUUUUAAUAGUACUAGUCCAAGUCAACUGCAAGAAAUUACUUUAGAACACGAUGGAACAUUCUCAAAUACGAUGGGUCUUCGCUCUCCCAGUGGGCCAAUGCGCGGCAGGUCCGUCAAGGAGUUCGAAGAACAACUUAACAACCUUAAAAAAGAAAACUUUCAUCUUAAACUUAGGAUAUAUUUUUUAGAAGAAAAAAUGGGAUCAAAUUUUACAUUAGAUAAGGACAAUGUUGUUAAAAAAUAUAUAGAAUUACAAGUGGAUUAUGCUAAUUUAAAAAAAGAAAUUGAAGAAAAACAAGACCUUCUCUGCCAAGCUGUGAAAGCAAUAGAAUUAGAGGAUGAAGAACAUAAAAAAUAUGUAGCUGACAAAGAAGAUCAAAUAGCCAUGUUUCAACAAGAAAUAGAAGAUCUUAGGACCCAAUUGCAGGAUAUAAGAUAUGACUCAGAAGGAGCUUCACUGCGGUCAGAUACUACUGGAAUAUUUAGCAAUAAAGCUUCAAGUAGUACAACGAACGAACAUCAACAGAGAAUUAAAAGUCUGGAACAAGAGCUCCAACUGGAAAAAGAAAAUAACGCAUCCUUACAAUUUGUGAUCUGUCAAGCGGAAACUUUAGAAAGCCGUUGUCAAAAUAUGCAAAAAGAACUACAGGCUAAAGAGGAAAUCAUAAACACUCUGCAAAUUGAAAAUGAAUCUCUGAAUACUAGAAUUUCAACAACCGCAAAUCAAAUGAAGGAUAUGCAAAAUAAAUUAGAGACAAGUUAUAACGAGAACCAAACAUUAUCUAAAAAGAUUACAGCAGAGUCCAAAAAAUUCGAUGAGUUGGUGUCCCAGUACUCGGAACUUAAAAGUAAAUAUUGUGUUCAGGACCCAACAACACCUUCAGGAGCUACGGAAAAGAACCCAAAACAUCUACAAAUAACUCCUUCCGAAACCCCAAAGUCUUCCUCUUCAUUAACGUCCUUAGGAUCGCCGUCUGUAAGUACACCGGAAAAGUAUAACAUUGAUUUUGAAGAUCUGCUGAGGAACUCCAAAAGUGACAAAAUUGUCAGUGUGUUUACUUCUUUAAAAUACGAUUAUGACGCCCAAAAGCAGAAAUUGUUAAAGUUAAAAGCGGAGCAGUUCAAAGCCUGUGAAAUAAUCAAAAAUAUGAUAGAUUCUAGAAAUAAAGCUAACGAAGAAAUAUCCCAAUACCAAGUACAAAUUAAGAAUUUAGAAAAAGAAUUGGAAUCCGUCGUGUCUAAGCCAACGAGUGAUGGGGAUGUUCCGCCGAAACGAGUCACUAGGACAAAUAAUGAGAAAACAAUGGAGGAAUCAAUUGACGAUAUGGAGGUAGCUGAUCUUUACAAGACUCUUACUAUUGAGCUAGAAGCUAAAAUUGAGAUUUUGGAGGCAACUUUAAAAGAAAAAGACAAUCACAUUCAAAAAAUCCGUGAGCAGUAUGACGAACUACUUGUCAGCUUGGAAGAUAAAGAGAAUAGAAUAACAGAACUUGAAUUCGAACUUCUUGCCGCAAACCCUGACGCCAAAAUGGAUAGGUCCAGUCAAGAAAAAGGUGAUACGGCUUCAGAAAAACGUAGUAGCUUCUAUAAACAAGAACUAGAAGAAAAAGACAAGGAAAUAGAACGACUCAACGUCGAAUUGAAGAAAUGUUCUUGUUAUUUGCAAGAAAUUGUUAAUAAAGAGUUGUGGGAUAAAAAUAAAGAAAUAGAAAAGUUGCAUACUCGACAGGUUAACUCGCCAGAGGUAUUAAGAUUGAGGAAAGAUCUGACUGGAAAGGAACAACAACUUGAAAUUUUGAAGGAGAAAAUUUCGGAACUUGGUUUAGAUUUAAAUAUAAGCUGUGAUGCUGAGUUGAAAGACUUGGCUUCUUCAUCAAAAAUGCAACAUAUCAAAAGUCUUCUUGAAGAACUAAAGGCGUGUAAAGAUGAAAGAGACUACUUCAAAGAAAAACUUAAAGACCUGGAGGGAGCCAACCAUCCUGAAAUAAUAGAAAAAUUAAAGAGCCAUACAGAUUCGUUGAAAUCUGACUUGGAGAAAUCAGAAAAGCUGAAACGUGAAUCUAACAAGAUUUGUGCAUUACUAAACUGUCGACUGGAAGAACUAACGGUAUUUUUAGAUUCCCUUUUGAAACAAAAGUCCAUUUUGGGUUACAUAGGAAUGCAGAAAGAAAGGAAGUUAAGAGAGAUCAUUAAUAGUAGUCUUGAUCUAUCAAAAUCUUUCAACAUGAGUUUGGGUAUUAACGCAGAUCAAAGUCUAGCUCAACUUUCAAACAUAACAUCGAUUUUAAAUGGAUCCGUUUUUAAAGAUUUAUCUCUGCGUGAACCACAAGAACAAGAGGAAAGCACGGAAAUGUUAAGUAUAAUUCCAGGCAACAUAACUCUAACGUACCAAAGCCAUUUAUACAAGCAAAGCAAAAAGCCUGAGCCUAACAGUGAAGAAGUGAUUUCUGCAUUACGGGAACAAAUAAUUAAUUUAAAAUCUGAGCUUCAACUUAGAGAUAACGAGUUGAAUAGAUUAAAUGCUGGUAGUAAAAUAUCGGACACUGAUGAAGACCAAAGAAAUAAAGAUUUAAGUGGAUAUGUAAGAGAACUAUCGAAAUACGUUACUCCAACUAAAAGCAAUACCACGUCAACGACGUUGAAAUACCAAAGUGAAUGCCAUUCGGAAUCAGAAGGGUGGUCAGAGCCCGAUAGAACAGUUUCCAGGGCCCGAAUGGGUUUAAAUCAGUCGCUUCCAAAUACAAGUUUUACCAAAGUGACACGUCUAAGUGAAAGUACUGAAGAUGAUUCUACAUGCAGUGUUAGUCCAAAGUUAAAAUUGUAUUAUGAAAAACAACAGGUUGCCGAACUUCAGCAUCAAGUAGGUGAGCUUCGGGUUGAAUGUGAGCAGCGUUCAGAACAAUUGAAACAAAUGGUAGCAAGGGAAUUGUACGAACAAGUAAAGAGCAGUUUAGAAGAAACUAAAAGAAAGAUACUACAAAUCGAACUUAUCAAAAAUGAAUUGGAAAGCCAAGUAACUGAUCUCAAAAAACAAAUAGAAGAGCUAACGAACUCCAAGGACGAAUUAAAGGAAAAUUCAGUUGUUAAAGAUAAGAAAGUACAAAACUUAAUGAAUCUUCUUGAAGUUGAAAAAACAGAAAAGCUUCGCAUGGCUAAUAACUUGGAAAAGAUUAUAGAAAAAACCAAAGAAGACGUGGAAACAAAACAAAAAGAAUGUGAAGAAUUGAGAGUAGUGCUAAAGAAAGAAAUGGAAGAGUUUGUGAAAAAAGUAGAAUCAGAACACGCUAAAUCUCUUAAUGAGGUUGAACACAAGGCAACUGAAAAAGUAAAUAAAAUUGAAAAUGAGUGUUCUCAAAUAUUCCUCCAAAAAAUUACAGAAGUUCAAGAUAAUUAUUCAAGAAAUUAUAUCAGAAGAGCGGACGCUGAAGAAAAAUUAGCCGAAGUGGACAGACUAAUACACGAAUUAGACAACCUUAAUGAUGUUGUUGCAGGCUAUGAGUCCACCAUACAAUCGUACAAAACAAAAGAACAAGAAUUUAAUAACAAGGUCGCGGAAAGUCAAGAACAAAUUAUCGGUUUGAGGAAAGAACUAGAUUCGACUACUUUGCAAUAUUCCGAAGCCGUUAUGGAGAAAACUAAGUUAGCCAAUGAAAAAACAUGGUUAGAGCAAGAACUGAGCAGAUACAGCGCAAGAGACAUGGAGCUCAAAAAGCAAUUGGCAGAAAUCCGUUCAGAGUUCGAGGGUGUAUCACAUAAUUACCAAGCUCAGAUUUCUACACUACAAAAACAAAAAUCAGAGCUACAAGUGAAAAUAAGCAUUUUGGAAUCAAACAACGCGGAAUUACACAACCGAUUUGUACGAACCAACCGUGUCGAACUUUCAGCGACAAUGCCCAAUUUAAGUACGGUCGGUGGGAGCUAUCAACAAAGUGGAGGAUUCCAGAGGCAGUUCUCGCAUCCCAGUUAUAGUUCGGAGGAUAAUAUAGAAGAAUGUAUAGGAUACAAUCUGAACCAUUCUGUGGCAAGAAAUAGACAACAGGGAGAAGUGGAUAGACAAGAAGCCAGUGCAUCUCCUGAUUUAGGAAUCGAAAGUGACCAAGGAAGGUUCUCUAGUUUAGAAAUACACCAUAAUAGUAUCAGUAGACCAUUGUUACAGACCAUAGAGCUCACAGAAUCUAUGAACAAUUUGCUGGAUGGAGAUAAUAAUCCAAUUGAAAAAACUAAUUUCGAAGGCCGCCAGCAUUGCUGCCAACGUAAUAUCGAAAUGGCCAGCGAGAACAACGAUCUGAAACGAAAGCUGUGUCGAAUGAAAAAAGCACUGGAAGAAACGGCAAAUCAACUUCAUUUAGCCAAUCAACGCAAGCGGCAAGUGGAAAAAACCAUUUGUAGUCAGAUCCACAAGACAAGUCAAGUGCUACGACAGGCAAAGGCUAAUCUUGAUUCCGGUUCGGAAAGUGAUCUCUUGAGGAUGUGAAAAGUACUUUAUAUCAGUGGUUACGUUUAUGCCACAAACAUGUUUGUGUUAAGAUAUUUUUGAAAUGUAUGUAUCUCUUGUUUGAAAACAUGUUGCCUUUCUAAGACAAAUUUUAUAUUCCAUGGUUAAGUGUCAUUGGUCAUAUUAAAAAUGUUAUCGCAAGCUGACCCAUAGAUAGUGAGGUACUCUUGAGAGAGAAGUUAAAACUUGUAUCAGUUGGUCCUGAAUCUCGAGUAAAACAGGCAUGUUGUAUUCUAUGCAAAUCGUUCUUUAGUUUUUUAUGGAAGCAUAUUAUUUGCUUUUAACACUUCGUUUAGUGAUGUUAAUUUAUUAUUUUUCACAAUUAAUCAUAUCAUGUUGUCAUCUGAAAUGAUCAACUCUAUAAAAUAAUUAAAUGUUAUUUAUUUAUUUUUAAUCUUUAACAGGCUGCGUAGGCCUAGGGCUAAAACAGAAAUAAAUCAUUACAUAUUUCAUAAAUAUGCAUAUUGUCCAUUUAGGCAACUUCAAGUAUAAUAAUGUUCCUUGUCUACCAAAUUGAUAUACCAUUCUCCUCCACUCAUCUCUGAUUGUUUUUCUCUCCAAUAAUGAAUUUCUAUUUUUCUGAAAUUUUGUACGCUAUCAAACCAUCUUUUUAUCUUGGUCAACCCUUUUUCCCCUUUUUUCGUGAUUGGUCACCAUUUCAGCAUCAUCGUUAGUAUCCUCUCAUCCAUUCUCAUCACAUAUACCAUCCAUUUAACCCUACGACCUUACGAAGUGGCUGGUGUUAGGUUCAUUAUAAAGUUUUUCUAGCUCCUUAUGUGACAUCGUAACCAAAAUUUCACCGCAUUUUUAUCUACGUAUAAUAUAGCUUUUGGCCCUUUUCUUCUCAUCUCUACAAUUUUUCAACAUCUGAUAAAAUUGUCCAUACUUCACUACCAUAUGUCACUGUGACUGUCACUAUCACUUAUUAACCGUCUGAUAAAUUCUUAUUGUUGUUUUUCUCGAUGCAUAUUUGGAUUUCAACAGUGAUCUUAGACUUGCCAUUUUUUUUAUUUCCCUUUGCCAAUCUAGUUUUUAGCUCUAAUUUUUCAUGUCCUUUUACGUCUAUACUAACUCGCAGAUAAGUAAAGUGGUCCACUAUCUAAAAUUUAUAUUGUCUUGCUUCUUUAGACGUGAAAAUAAACUGACCAUCUUCUUUCUGCUCUGUAUUUAUAUAAAAAUAAUAGUGAAUCUUGCCUGAUUCACUAUUAUUUUUAUAACAUAUCUUAAUUAUUUUCUCGUCUUCGUUAGUAUUACGGAAUCAUCAGCAAAAGAGAGGUAUUGAUGGUUUUCUCAUUUGUUUAUUCCUUUUGCAACAUCUUGCAGCUGGUUCUUACUUUCAGUUUAUUUUAAUGAUGUUUUAUUUUUCCAUUAUUUUUUAUGCUACAACCAUUGUUUUCUUUAUCUUCUCCUGUCGUGAAUUUUAAAAAGAAUUUUGAUUUUUUUGUUGUUUAUGAGAAUUUGUGUUCUGUUGUUACUCAUCUAAUCUCAUUUUUUUACAUUAUACGUUUAUAAAUAAUUUCAGUACAUUCGAAUGUGCAUUGCCGUAAUAAUUGUUUUCUAUCACAUUGAUUUUUAAAAUUUGUUUCUGGCUACUUUACUAUGGCCACUUCUAGCUAACUCUAUUUUGAUAAUGAUAUGUUGUGUUCGGGGUUUAUACUUUGCCUGGAAUUAUGUCUUGCUGAUGUUUAUCUCCAAUUGCAAUAGUCACUACCAAAGGCGAUGUGACAGUCGCAUCUGUUCCCAAUUAAUUGAGACAGUUGCCACAUAACUUUUAAUAAUGCUCUCCAUAGUUGUAGACGAAACAUCAGUAAGAAAUGAUUCCACAUUUUCUCUUUGAACCCAAAAAAUAAGAUAUCACCACAAAUUGGCCACUGACCGUGAAAGCCUGCACUAUAUUUACAUAAUUUUGUAAAAUUUGCUACAUUAUUUUCCGUGAUUGGUACAUUUUCUUUUUCACCUGGUUACCAUCUACUUCGUACAUUUGUUUUUCUACCUAGAUGAUUCUUAUUGUUUUACCUUUUAUUGAUUAUACUCAUUACCACUUGUGUAAUUUUUUGUAAAUUUAAAUUUUAUCUUUUGACCUCUGACCUUCUGUUUAUUUUCUUAGUUUAAAAUAUUUUUUGAUGGAUUCGACCGUUACUUGAUGGAAGUUCAUUUUAUCUAAUAAUAAAACACUGAAAACGUUUGUUUUCUAUACUUCCACAGAAUUUAUUAUAACUAAGUGACUACAUCUGUUUCGGCAGAGUGCCUUUCUCAAGUGAUAUAGUUUACAAUGUGUUUGCCUUUUUAAGUCUUCAACUGAAAAGGUUGAGGAGUGGGGAGCUGUUUGUCUCGAGUUGGUCAUUCAGAAUUAUAUCUGUAUUUUUCAGUUUAUUAAUUUCCAUAGAUUCUAAAAAAGAUAGCUUAAGGCCUUUAUUUUGAAUAUGCAGAAUUUGAAACUCUUCAUUGAAAGAAUGAUUAUGAUCUAGAAGGUGAAGUGCGUAUGUAGAAGUGUCUGUUUUUCUAUUGUUGAAUGCCCUUUUGUGUUCUGCUAUCCGUUUAUCAAAAGUUCUGCCAGUUUGACCGAUGUACGUUUUCGGACAGUCACCACACGUUAGUUUGUACACACCACUCUGUAGUUGCUUUCUCUUUCGGCUUUUAUUGUUCUUAAUAUAUUUGCUCAAGUUGUUGUUAGUUCUGAAAGCUGGUGUUAUUCCUUUCUUUUUUUAUGUAUCUGGCUAUUUUUGUUGUUAUCUUGCCAGUAUAUGUGAGAGAGCAGAAGGUACUGGGUUCUUUCUGUGGUGGUGGAUACACUAAUUUCAGGGCUUUCUUAUGGAGUUUUUGGUUUAAAAUUUUGUUAACUGUUUGUUCGUUAUGCCUACGUUAUGUAGCAGCCUACCAUAGCAUGAUACA